AUGACGCGCUCUUUCGUUAAUCGGACACUCCGGUCAUCCUAAACCAAUUCAAUUUAAACCAUCGCCUCUCAAUUUCUUGUUUAUUUAUUUUUUCCAAUAAUUGCAAUGUUUUUUUUGCGUGUUUCCGUAAAAUAGUAUACAAUUUUUUUUUGAAGUUUUUCCGUUAUAAUUUUCACCUUUUAAAUAAAGUUUCAACCGAUCCGAACGCACACAAUCGUCCACGGUUAUCCGACGGUUCGUUCUGCCGUCGCAGAAGAGUCGACCAGCGAUUACGACGCACGCCGUACAGCACCAUCAGAGUCUUCAAUAAUUUCGCCAGAAUCUCUCUGUAACUUGUAUAGAAAUUGCCUACCUGAGUGCAGUAACGGGCACCGCGAUUGAUCUGAAAGGUGUAGCGGGUGGUGAUCCGCACCACCCGCACAACAUAUUCCCCGCACUGUUCUCCAGACAGUUAAAUUUCAACAACGGGUCACACCAUCACGGGGGCACCACACACACUUCGUCGGGCAAACUCAUGAUGGAUGAUUUGCGACCUGGUUUGGGUGGUAUAUUAGGUCUUAUGGACCACGAUCACCAUCAUCAUCACAUACACCACCAUCAUCCUAGUGCUGUCCACGGGGACAAACAACGUUUAUCCAAAGGAGCUAGUGAUUCGUCUAAUGACCUCGGGUCCUUGUAUGGUCUGCCUGUUAACACUGCCGGUGACUCUUCUCAUCAUAAUACACCUUCGCCGGGUCGAGGGUCUCUAGCUGAGCAAACUACUUCUGAAGGAGCUUUUAAAAAAUUAAAAACUGAGCCGUUAAGUUCAGUAGGAAGUAUUAGUACUAGUCACACUGGACACACUCCCACUACUGCGACAUGUCCAACGCCUGCAAGACGGAGGCACCGUACUACUUUUACACAGGAACAACUCGCAGAGCUCGAAGCCGCUUUUGCAAAAUCCCACUAUCCUGAUAUUUACUGUAGGGAGGAAUUGGCAAGAAGUACAAAGCUAAAUGAAGCCAGAAUACAAGUAUGGUUUCAAAACCGAAGGGCCAAAUACCGAAAACAGGAAAAGCAACUGCAAAAGGCUUUAGCCCCGCCCUCCAUGCUUCCGGGUUGUAAUGGGGCCGCCAUGAUGAGAAACAUCUACCCUACGGCUUCUAGAACGUACCAAGCUUACCCACACCCCAACAGCAUGAACAGAUAUCACCCUCAGAUGUCAUCAAGUUCUUACAUGUCGACUGCUGUAAUGAGCCAGCCAUUCACAGUUACGAGUCACCAUUCCAAUCCAGGAGGCUCUUCUAAUCCGUCGUCUAUUACAACAUCAACAGGAAUGAUCCCCGAAGAGGAAUGGUACAAUAAGAGUUUGUCAGCAUUGAGGAUGAACUCUAGCCAUCAUGCAAAUCUCACUACACCAAUGUUGCAAUAUCAAACAUAGUUGUAAUAGCUGUGAUAAAAAAUAUUUAAAAAUUAUUGUAAUUUAUAGUGUAACUAAUCAAUUUAACUAUAAUAAUUAUAAUACGUGUUUUUUAAAUUUGUCAUAUUUGUAUGGUGCAUUUACCUACCUACUACAUUAGCAUAAAUGUGUUAUGCUGAUUUCUGUAUAAAUAACAUACGUAUUAAAAUUCUUCGAAAA